AAUGCCACAUCACAAGCUCUGGUUCUAUUUGGUGCUCAUAAAGAAGCUAUUGAGAUUUCUCACAAAAAUAAAAUGACAAAUACUGAAGGGGUGAAUAAAAGCAUUUUUUUUAGCUACCCAUGUCGACGUCAAAGCUGUGCUUUAGUGAACAUCCCAGCACCAUGUGUCAACAAAAUGAUUUCACACAUUGAGGAUGUGGGAUCUAAAAUACAGGAGCAUUUGAAAUGGUUUGAAACUUCUUUUGAGGAAUGGAGCAGAACUUCUUCCACAAAAGACCUUAAAGAAGAAGGGAGUUUGGCUUCACCUGUGAAAGAGGUCAAAUCAGAAGAAAAGAAAGAUGAAAAGUGCUCAGAAUUAAAGCAGGACAUGGAAAUGUUGCUGUCAGAGGCCAUUUAUCUCAUUAGAAGUCUAGAAACUGACCGUGCAGAAGCUGAAGAAGCUUUAAAACAACAAAAAUCAAGAAAGGAAAAGAUUGUCAUGAAAAUUGAUUCUUGGUCAGUCUGGAGACUUCAAGAAAUCCCAUUAGCUGUGCAGAAAGAGCAUGAGGCCUAUUUGAGGGAUAUUAUAGAAUUGCAGUGGCAUCUUGAAAAUAAAGCUCACCAACUAAAACAUUUUGAGGAGCAAAAGGCAAAAUUGGAAGAAGCCAAUGCAAAGCUUGAAGCAGACAUCGAACACAUGAGUGAGCUUGGUCCUCUCUUGAAGUCAAAGUGGAACCAUGAGCUCGAAGCUCUGAAGGACUUUUAUCAUAGAAAAUUUGAGAUAAUGAAACUACAUGAACAAAUUCUUAAAGAACUUGAAGAAACUAUAGAAAACUGUGAAAAUGCCAAAUCAAAUGCUCAACGAACUAGAGAAGACUUUGAAAAAGAUAUUUAUAAUGAUGAAACAAGCAUAGAUGCCUACAAGAGGGAGGUGGGCAAGCUGAGUGACAUGUGCGCCCACUACUGCACGUCAGCCGAGUGUGUCAGCGUCAGUAUGGAGGAGAGUGAAAAGGCUGUGACCAAGGCACUGAAGGAGACUAAGACAUCAGAAGGAGAACUGCUUGCUUUAUCAAAAACGCUGGAUAAUUUGAAACGAUUUUAUGAUAACCUAGUCUGGAAGAAAAAAGGUCACGAAAAGGCAUAUCUGGAAGCACUUAACGAUUUUUAUGCUGCAAAAAGUGCAUGGGAUAUUGAGCUUUCUAAUGUCGCAAAAGAUUUUUCAGAUAUUUCAAUAGCAUAUACUCAAUUGAUGGAAGAAAAUAGAAAAAUUGGGAUCGACAUUGAAACCAUAACAGGUUCUAUCAAUGACAGUAUAAAGACAAAGUCAGACUUUGAGUCUAAAAUCCAAUCUUUGAUAAAACUGAGGUCAAAAAAUGGUGACUAUCUUAAACAGCUAUACAAGGAAGCUUAUCACAUUGGUGCUGUUUUCCAACUGACUAAAUUAAAAACAGAGGAAUUAGAAGAGAAAAUCACAGAAGUGAGAAGAAAAUUCAAGGGUAGAGAAGAAUUCUUGAAAAGACUAACUCAAGGUGAAGUGGCUAAUGGAACAGUGAUUCAGAAAAGACUGCUUUCCAUUCAAGAAGGCCAGGUGCUUGAGAAGCAGGAGUUUACUGAAAGGAGAACAAAAUAUGCCUUAGAACUGGCAGACAUGGAGGGAUCUCUGCUUCAGCUGGAGAAUGAUGCCACGAGGCUCAGAGCUGCCCACCAAGAGCAUUGGGAUUCAUUAAAUAAUAUAAUUGAGAGGAGAGAAUAUGUUAAAAGAAAUCUGGAAAAAACAAAGAAAAAAUUGCAAAGAAAGGGAAAGAAAACACAUGUUGCACUAAUGCAAUCUGAGGCAAAAUGCUCAAUAAUUUUUAAAGAAUUAGAGGAUACUAAAAGUAAAACAAUUACUUACCAUACAAAAAUAAAUCAAUUGAAUAAGGAUUUGGAAGAACAACAAAAGGAAAAGAAAAUGUUUGAUCAGAUACUUGAAAAUUUAAAGGAACAAUUUUUAACUAUGAGAUAUAAAAAAGAACACAUACAAGCUGUGUUUGAUCAUCUCACAAGUGAGAAAAAAGUCUGUGAAGAGAGAAUCUAUGAGGAAGAUCAGAGAUACAGAACACUCAUUACCAUGAGGCAAAAAACUCUGGCAGAUGUUAAAGUGAGUAUUGAUGAUUCACUAAAAGAAAAUCUGCGUUUAGCUCAAGAGUACCAGAAAUUACAAACUACUUUCUUAACAGAAAAGGACCACUACUUCAAUCUGUACAAUGAACAGUUAUCACUAGGUGGUUCACUUAGAGAUAAGAAACAGGCUGCAGGCUGCUUGCCUAUGAAAUUUCCAAGCUCACUAGUGCUCACAUCAGAUGACGUUUCUGAUUUUCAGACAACUCUCUGUCAGCUGCAGGAAAGGAUACACAAGGUGUGGCAGAAACACUUCAGACUGGUGGUGCUCUACAGCCGGAUGAGGCUGGCCAGGUUCCAGACAGACUCUCGGGAGAGUAUUCAGAAAAUAUUAGCUGUGCAGGAGGAAUCUUCACAUCUAAUGCAACACAUCGUAGAUUUCUUCCAGACUUUGACAGAUGGCUCAUGUGAAAACGAUGGUUAAGCAAACAACUGGUGUAUCUUGGAUGCUGAAAUAAAAGACAAGAAAAGUCACACAGUUCAGAUAACAGUGUAAUUGGACAUUCACCUGUUUGCCAUUUCACACUUCCACGGACGGAAAACCCACUCACCUCCCAGCAUGCUUUGCCUCUCUCACUUACAGCACAUCCAUGACAAUGAAACAGGUGACUUUCAUGCUGCUGUCAGGAGCGAUCUAAUUUCAGCUCUGGGUGACUGAUUGCAAUUGGCUUUGCCUCGUCUGAUAAUUA